GAGACACGCGGAAGAAAAUCUCACAGCGUUAGUUUUGUUUUUGAGUGGAAAUGAAACUGAAAGAAUAAGAACCAGAUAAUAGCGCUGAUACAACGCAGAGAACAGUUUCAAGCUGUUUCAAGGCGUUAUGGACUGUAUAUAACAUUUUUGCGAACUUUUUUCUCUCUGGAAACAUCAGCACGGAGUGACGCGUUACGUCUUUGUGUGCUCCGUGGUAGUCGAAAAACACUACGAUGAUCCAGGUGUAUGACUGCCGCUCCAAAAACAGCAAAGUUUCCAAGAAAACUUUGGAUUCAAGUGAUUUGAACUUUAAUGGCUUUCUCCAAGUUGUUCACAAGACGUUUGCAGUCCCUUCAUGUGAGACAUUUGUGUUGGUCACAACUGACAGAACAGUUGUGGAUCAUGAUAAAUUUGAGGAGCUUCAGGAUGGCUGCACCCUUUACCUGUUAGAACAUGAGGACCAAGCCCUGCCAGCUGCAACUGAAGAGGACAUCAAGUUUGUGCCUCAUUAUAAUACUCUGGUCGAGAGUGGGACUUGUGAAUACUUCGCUGAGGGUCAGAAAUCACUGCCGUGCUCUUUUGCUGAGCUGGUAGACAACGCUCUUUCAGCCACAGCCAAAAACACAGGAGUGAGGACCAUAGAGAUACAAAUGCUGUUUGACAAAUAUUUUGGGAAACCUGCCAUUAUUGUUAUGGAUAAUGGCUGUGGGAUGACCUCGAAGCGGCUGAAUAACUGGGCAGUAUACAGACUCUCUAAGUUCACAAGGGAAAAUAGCAGAUUUGAAAGUGAUAAAGAGGAUUAUAUACGUCCUGAACAUGUACCUCGCAGUCUCAACAGUGAUAUAUCGUUCUUUGGAGUUGGAGGAAAGCGGGCUGUUUUUCACAUCGGAGACUCUGUUAGGAUGAUCAGCAAACCAACAGGCUCCCCAGAUGUUCAUGAACUGGUUCUUUCAAAAGAAGAYUUCAAGAGAAAAGAACAAAACAAAGAGGAUGUUUAUAAAGGGACCAUCUUAAACAGAAAGCCUGGAGACUUUUCCCACGUAACAGAUGAUGAGCGUUUCCUCCGUGCCAUCAUUGCUAAGGAAACUGAAAAUGAAAGUUUCACAGCUGUUGUUAUUACAGGAGUCUGCCCUGAGCACAUUGACUACCUGAAACAACACUUUGAUGAUUGGACCAGAGAGCUAGCGCACAUUUAUCACUAUUACAUUCAUGGAGUCAGUGGAAAUGACUUGAGAAGCACCAACCGAAAAGUAGAUGAGCUUCCAAAAAUUGACAUUAAGAUAUCUUUAUUGGAGAAGCCUCCUAAAAACCCUCGAGUGAUGAAUCUCAGAGAAGUGGAAGAAGACAUGCAGACUCUGUACAUCAAUGCUGCUGUAGACACUUUUGAGUUCAUGGCCACUACCUCAGAUGGCGGCACUGUGGAGGGGGUGCUUCGAUACCACCCCUUCCUCUAUGACAGGGAGACCUACCCUAAAGAUCCAUACAUAGGCCAAGCUCCUGUUGAAGAUGAUGAUUAUGAAAAUGAGUCUGGCAGCUUGAAUCAAGCCAGAGGAAAAAGGGACAUCUUUGAAUGUUUCUGGAAUGGACGGCUCAUCCCUUACACCACAGUUUCUGAGUUUGACUGGUGCUCUCGACCUGUGAAAAGUACAUUACCAGCAGAGUGUUACAGUCGGUUUUCUGGGGUGCUUUUCACUGAUGACAAAUUCCUGGUCAAUGCUAACAAACUGAAGUUUAUGAAUCUGGAGAUGAAACUGAAGAGCAAAGACACUAUAUUCACUCCUGAUGCUAACGUUCAGAAAACAUCAAAAAGAGGAAACAUCCAGAAAGAGUUCACUCAAUGGCUUCAGAACUGUCAUGAAAAAUUUGACAAGCAGGUGAAGUUUCUUGGAUACAUUGACACAAUAACACGGAAAGAUGUGGCAAUCAAGAAACAGCAUCCCUGGGCAACAUUCUCCUCCAUUGAGUUGGAUGGAAAACAGUACAAAGCAGGACAAUUGGUAAAGUCUCAGAAAACACAGCCAGUUCUUUACGGCAGUGUUGUUCGAUUUAUGCUGUACGGAAAUCACGAUUGUAACGUCUACGCCACAGGAGGACAAGUGGAAAUCAAACGUGAGCCUGGAGCACUUUAUGACAAUUUCACCAGGAUCAUACCCAUUUCAAAGAUCGACAGGAACGUCACUGAUGAAAACAUCAAGAAAAAUAUCGAGAGUGAUCUUGACAAGGUUCCAGAAAAGCUAAAGGUGGAGUGGCCAGAGAAUAACAUUUUCUCUCAAAAUGCUUCUCAUCCUGCUGGGACUCCUUUGGGGCCUCUCAAAGUUGAAAUCCUUAACAGGAAGGGACUCUCAACCUCAUCCAGGAUCAAUACAGGGGGGCAAGGGUCAGGAAUGAGACUGAGCAUUCUCCUCAGAGUAGUCCAUCACGAGACUCUUACUGACUUGGGGAAAUACACUCUGAAACUGAACACGAUGUUAAGUGAAAAUCGUGCAACUGUCUACGGAGGCAGACCUCUUCCGAGCUAUGUGCUCAAAUUCACCAUUAAAGAGGGCAGUGCAGACCACUUCACUGUGGGUGCAGUGAGCCCCACUGUUCGUGUGGGAGUGCCAUUCAACAUUCCUCUGCAGAUAAAAGAUUUUUAUGACCACCCAACAGCACCUCCUCCCAAACUUCUGCCUGCCCUUAAAUGCAGUGGACUAGAGCUGACUUAUGAGUCGGUGAGCUGCAGUGGGACCACAUUCACCAUUAAUGGUGUUAAAACAAAAGGAAAAKUUGGAAAUUACCAGCAAUCCAAGAGCUAUGACCUGAAAGUGACACUGCCUGGAUUGAAAAAUGAUACACAAACUAUUGCUAUCGGUCUUCUUCCUGGAAAUCCGCAUUCGCUUUUUGUGAAACCAAACACAGAUGUGGUCAAAGUGGAGAAUGGAAACUCAGUCACUUUUAAUGUUGAAGUUCAUGAUGAGGCUGGAAACAUUACAGCUAACCUCAAACAGACGGUUCACUGUCAGGCUCCAGGGCUUCCCGUGGUGGUGGCAGACUGCAGCAGCACAGGAGCAGGCCAGCUUGUGACAAAGCCCAUAAACCUUAACAUAACAAACGGAGAACCACAAAUGCUUGAAGUUGAAUUUAACAUGCCAAAUCAGAAACACAUUGCACCAGUCAAGAUACAGCUGAAGGUCGUGCCCAGCAGUCGGGUCUCACAGAUGAAGCUGUUUUGUCAGGGAGUGGAAACAUUUACGCUCAGAGAUAAAGAAAAGAUUGAAUGGCCAGCUGGAGGGAUGCUCGAGAAUCUGUUUUAUAAACUGUAUGAUGAGUCUGGCAUGGAGGUGCCAAUCACUUCUGAAAUAGCCUCCAGCAUGAAGGUUACCUGGACAACAGAUGUUAAACGGAGAAGUUUGAUGAAGGGGAGACUACCUGAUGUACAGGUGCCCACCCGUGUGACAGAGGAGCGUUUCCACCAGGUGUCCUACCAGGAGCUGAGUGUGUCUUCCUGUUUCACCAUUGUGCCUUGUCCAGAUGAACCAGCAAGGCUUAAAGCAACUCUACCUCAAAACACAUUGAAGCUUGGUGAAAUCUUAUCUGGGCAUAUCAAUUUGGAGCUUAUGGACCAAUAUGACAAUGUGACUAAGAAGCUAACUUCGGCCUGUGUGAAGAGCAUGAGUGUUGAAGCUGAGGGUCUCGACAAAUCAAACAUCAGUUUCAAAUGGCAGGAGACCAGCAGUUCAGUUGCUGCGACUGGAGUUCGUUUCCUUUCCGGGUCUCUCGGGCCAAGAGACAUGUGCUUCAAAUACAACAACUUUACAGAACAUGUCAUAAUUGCACUGACUGCAGGAGUUCCUUCAAAACUUAAACUACUCAACCCUCCUCAGGAGUCUUUGCAAAUAUUUAAUGGUCACGGCAUCCCCAAACCAUUCCUCAUCCAAUUGUGCGAUAAUUGGGAAAACCCGUCUCCAGACCAGAGAGUUGUGGUAGAAAUCAGGUCUUCACCCCAAACAUUAAAGGUGUCAACAAAUGUCAUUUCACAACCUGUCGACKUCGAAGGAAAGGCAUCUUUCAGAGUUAUUUCUGUGAAAGGUACAAAAGGGUACUAUCAGCUGGAGUUUAGAGGUUCCUUUAACAACAAACCAAUCCCUGGUCCAUCGGUGCAGCUCACAGUCAUCCCUGAUCCCAACAAACCUGUCAAACUGCAGGUGAACUACGACACCAGUUCCAGUUUUUGUGCAGGAGGCACUUUCCCUGUUUUCUCCGUGAUGGUGGUGUCUGAAGAAGGAAGUCCGAUUACGACUUUUAACCCUGCUGAUAUGUCCAUGUUUCUGUGGGAAGGAGAUUCAUCACAGAUUCCCUCAGGGGCCACUGAGCUGAAGUGCAGUAAACCCAUGGAAAAUGAGAAGAAAGAAUGUUUUCACUUUAGAUCAGCAUAAAUGUUGUGGCCAAUCAGCCUGUCAAACUGGGACCUGAGUCUCAGCCACCAACCCCUGUUGUUUCCUACAGUACCGACAUCUCCAGCCGAAUCCUGGUUGAGAACAUGACUCUGAAGAUAAUGGACAACUUUGGUAAUUCAGCUGGACAGGACCUGAAAGGGAAGGUGGUUGUGUCGAUAAGAUGUCCUGAAGGUGAAGAGAGCAGAAACCUUCCUCUAUUUGAAGGGAAAACAAGCAGCAUUCAAAUUAUCCUAAAAGACGGAAGUUCCCACAUUAGUAGACUGGCUAUCAUGGAGAACAGCCCCGGUGAGAACGGCAGCAGAUACAUUGCCGUCUUUACAGCCAAAGUGCAGACAUGUGCCUUGUCCCAGGCUUCUUUUGAGCUUCCCUUCCAUUUUUACAAUGAUGCUGAAAACCAAAGAAAAAUGUCUGAACUGUCAAGGAAGAAGGAUGAGCUGACUGCUACCAUCACUAAGCUCGAAGGAGUGCUUCGUUCUUUUGACGAUUAUCAGAGUCAGAUCACAACUCAAAUCCAGGACUUUUCUAACAAAGAGUCAGACUUCAAAAACAAGCUGAAAGAGAUGAACAUAAACACACAGCAUCUAACGAUCCAAGAUCUUGAGAAUAUGGCAGUGGAGAAGGUAGGUGAAGCUGAAAUGAUUGAGAAAAGGCCCAGGAGAUUCUGCAACAUCCCCAAUAACUUCCAAGGGCACGAUGUGAUUGGAGUGGUAGGUCAUCUGGCCUUUAUUGAGGAUGAUGAUGUGGCGAGGGUCAUCUCCUGGCAUUUGGCAGGGGACAUAGACUGUGUGAUCACCAGAACUACAGAAGCAGCUAAGAGAGUCCACCACGACUCAAGGCGCAAUCAGCAGGUCAUGGCCCUCGACAGCUUCUUUGUGCAACAAGGAGACAGACCGCUGCCCCACAUAAGAAAUGGAUACAGACUUUUCGAUCCUCCUGGGAACCCGAUCUACGCCAAAGAUUGUCUGAUUUUUACACGGGAAAUUCAGAGUUGUGAAAAGAUCUUUAAAAACCUCCUUGGAACCACCAUCCUGAUGGAUGACCUGGAGUCUGCAAUCAACUACAGGAAGGCGGUUGUGKGGAACAAAAUCCAGUGUCCCACCAUACUGACCCGGCAGGGGGACAGGGUCAAUUCCAGAGCCAAAUUUGGAGGAGCGCAGAACAGAGCCCCACCCAUCUCAAGAUUAAAAGUGUUUGGAGCGCCGCUUCCCCAACACUACUUUAUACUGAAGCAACAAAUAGGUCUGCUCUCAGACUACAGCAAAAUUAUGAAGAAGAGAGAAAAGGCAGAAAAAGAGAAGAACGAGUAUUUCGUAACUUGGAAACCAAACCAAACCCAACAAAGACUGGAUGAGAAAAUAAAGGAGCUUGAGGAAAUUGACGAACAACUUGCUUCAAUAAGACAAGGGAAACGAGGUCCUGAGGGCGCUGGAGAGCCAUCAGGCAUUGUGGCAAAACGACCAAGGAGGACAACCUAAGAGUUUUCAAGGGUUUUAAUGUGGCCAUGUUCUGACAUGUAUAUGGAAACUUGACACAAGUAUGGACAUUUGGGUUUUUUUUUUUUUUUCUUUGUUAAAGCAAUUGUUCUUAGCAGUAAAUUUUAUUCGGUUACCUCAUUUGGCAGCAGCUGGAGGUACCAGAAGCUCAAAACAAGUGUCAAAAACAACAGCAAAAUAAGCUGUUUGGCAGAGAAAAUAUGACUACU